GCAUCACUCAUUUUUAGGCGCCUAACAGAGCGGACCGAACACGGUUAGGUCACACAGCCACAGGAGUCUGCCCACUCCAGCCAAUGGCUAGGGUGCUCCUACCCUCCUCUCCUACCUAGUUCCAAAUGGGUUGUGUGUGUGAAGGAAGUUGGGGCCGGGAAGCCCCGCUGGCUCCUCCUCCGCGUCCACCCAGCGGAUCUCCGAGUCCCAGGCGGCCUCCCUCCAGUCCGAGGACCUCAAGAAACUCGAGUCGGCGGCGAGGGAGCUAUAUGGGCCUCUACCACGGAUGCGUCUCCCACUCGCGUUUAGUUUAAUUAAUUUAUUUAUAUUUUUUGGAAGGAGGGGGCGUUCAAUGAAGGAAGAGGCGGGGCGAAGGGCGGAGGCGGGACCAGGGUGACUGACGUGAGCGCCGGGGAGCCAAUGGCCCGUGGGGGGCGUUCCCCCCCAUUCAGGACUCCUCGCCUGGCUCGGAAGGUUUUGUAGUGCAUCCCUGAGCAUGAGCACAGAAUGAAGCGGCGUUUGGAUGACCAGGAGUCACCGGUGUAUGCAGCCCAGCAGCGUCGGAUCCCUGGCAGCACAGAGGCUUUUCCUCACCAGCACCGGGUGCUUGCCCCUGCCCCACCCGUGUAUGAAGCAGUGUCUGAGACCAUGCAGUCAGCUACAGGAAUUCAGUACUCUGUAACACCCAGCUACCAGGUUUCAGCCAUGCCACAGAGCUCCGGCAGUCAUGGGCCCGCCAUAGCAGCAGUUCAUAGCAGCCAUCAUCACCCAACAGCGGUGCAGCCCCAUGGAGGCCAGGUGGUCCAGAGUCAUGCUCAUCCAGCCCCACCAGUUGCACCAGUGCAGGGACAGCAGCAAUUUCAGAGGCUGAAGGUGGAGGAUGCGCUAUCUUAUCUUGACCAGGUGAAGCUGCAGUUUGGUAGUCAGCCUCAGGUCUACAAUGAUUUCCUUGACAUCAUGAAGGAAUUUAAAUCUCAGAGCAUCGACACCCCAGGAGUGAUUAGUCGUGUGUCCCAGCUAUUCAAAGGCCACCCUGAUCUGAUAAUGGGAUUCAACACCUUCUUGCCCCCUGGCUACAAAAUUGAGGUGCAAACCAAUGACAUGGUGAAUGUGACAACUCCUGGCCAGGUUCAUCAGAUUCCCACCCAUGGCAUCCAGCCACAGCCUCAACCACCACCCCAACAUCCUUCCCAGCCUUCAGCCCAGUCAGCCCCAGCUCCUGCCCAGCCAGCUCCUCAGCCCCCACCUGCCAAAGUCAGCAAGCCCUCCCAACUACAAGCACAUACUCCGGCCAGUCAGCAGACUCCCCCACUUCCACCGUAUGCAUCCCCACGUUCUCCACCGGUCCAGCCUCACACACCAGUGACAAUCUCGUUGGGAACGGCCCCAUCCUUGCAGAACAAUCAACCUGUGGAGUUUAAUCAUGCCAUCAACUACGUUAAUAAGAUCAAGAACAGAUUCCAGGGCCAACCAGACAUCUACAAAGCAUUCCUGGAGAUUUUGCACACAUAUCAGAAAGAGCAGAGAAAUGCCAAGGAAGCUGGAGGAAACUACACUCCAGCAUUGACGGAGCAGGAGGUGUAUGCCCAGGUUGCUCGUCUCUUUAAAAACCAGGAAGAUUUGUUGUCAGAGUUUGGACAAUUCCUACCAGAUGCCAACAGCUCCGUGCUUUUAAGCAAAACAACUGCUGAGAAGGUUGAUUCUGUGAGAAAUGAUCAUGGAGGCACUGUCAAGAAGCCCCAACUGAACAACAAGCCGCAGAGGCCCAGCCAGAAUGGCUGCCAGAUCCGCAGACAUCCUACAGGAACCACCCCUCCAGUUAAGAAGAAACCCAAACUGCUCAAUCUGAAGGAUUCUUCUAUGGCAGAUGCCAGCAAACAUGGUGGUGGAACAGAAUCGUUAUUUUUUGAUAAGGUCCGAAAGGCUCUUCGGAGUGCAGAAGCCUACGAAAAUUUCCUACGUUGUCUUGUUAUUUUUAACCAGGAGGUGAUCUCUCGUGCUGAGCUUGUGCAACUAGUCUCUCCUUUCCUGGGGAAAUUCCCUGAGUUGUUUAAUUGGUUUAAAAACUUCCUGGGCUAUAAGGAGUCUGUACAUCUGGAAACUUAUCCAAAGGAACGAGCCACAGAGGGCAUUGCUAUGGAGAUAGAUUAUGCUUCUUGUAAACGAUUGGGCUCCAGCUAUCGAGCCUUACCAAAGAGUUACCAGCAGCCCAAGUGUACAGGACGGACUCCUCUCUGUAAAGAGGUUUUAAAUGAUACCUGGGUUUCCUUCCCUUCGUGGUCUGAGGACUCUACCUUUGUGAGUUCCAAGAAGACUCAAUAUGAAGAACAUAUUUAUCGUUGUGAAGAUGAACGCUUUGAGCUUGAUGUAGUUUUAGAGACCAAUCUGGCAACAAUCCGGGUUCUGGAAGCAAUACAGAAGAAGCUUUCCCGCUUGUCUGCUGAGGAACAAGCCAAAUUUCGCUUGGACAACACCCUUGGGGGCACAUCAGAAGUCAUCCAUAGAAAAGCACUCCAGAGGAUAUAUGCUGAUAAAGCAGCUGACAUCAUUGAUGGUCUGAGAAAGAAUCCCUCCAUUGCUGUUCCAAUUGUCCUUAAAAGGUUGAAGAUGAAAGAGGAAGAAUGGCGAGAAGCUCAAAGAGGCUUUAACAAAGUAUGGCGAGAACAAAAUGAGAAAUACUACUUGAAGUCUCUGGACCACCAGGGGAUCAACUUUAAACAGAAUGACACCAAGGUCCUGAGGUCUAAGAGCUUACUCAAUGAGAUUGAGAGUAUCUAUGAUGAGAGGCAAGAGCAGGCUACGGAAGAGAAUGCUGGUGUACCUGUUGGCCCACACCUCUCACUUGCGUAUGAAGAUAAACAAAUACUGGAAGAUGCUGCUGCUCUGAUUAUCCACCAUGUGAAGAGGCAGACAGGCAUUCAGAAGGAGGACAAAUAUAAGAUAAAACAAAUCAUGCAUCAUUUUAUUCCAGAUUUGCUCUUUGCCCAAAGAGGUGAUCUCUCAGAUGUGGAGGAAGAGGAAGAAGAAGAGAUGGAUGUAGAUGAAGCCACAGGGGCAGUUAAGAAGCACAAUGGUGUUGGGGGCAGUCCCCCUAAGUCCAAGUUACUGUUUAGUAACACAGCAGCUCAGAAAUUAAGAGGAAUGGAUGAAGUAUACAACCUCUUCUAUGUCAAUAACAACUGGUAUAUUUUUAUGCGACUGCACCAGAUUCUCUGCCUGAGGCUGCUCCGGAUUUGUUCCCAAGCCGAACGGCAAAUUGAAGAAGAAAACCGAGAGAGAGAAUGGGAACGGGAAGUGCUGGGCAUAAAGCGAGACAAGAGUGACAGCCCUGCCAUUCAGCUACGUCUCAAAGAACCUAUGGAUGUUGAUGUAGAAGAUUAUUACCCAGCUUUCCUGGACAUGGUGCGGAGCCUGCUGGAUGGCAACAUAGACUCGUCACAGUAUGAAGAUUCACUGAGAGAGAUGUUCACCAUUCAUGCCUACAUUGCCUUUACCAUGGACAAACUGAUCCAGAGCAUUGUCAGACAGCUGCAGCAUAUCGUGAGUGAUGAGAUCUGUGUGCAGGUGACUGACCUUUACCUGGCAGAAAAUAAUAAUGGGGCCACCGGAGGCCAACUGAACACACAGAACUCAAGGAGCCUCCUGGAGUCAACGUAUCAGCGGAAAGCUGAGCAGCUAAUGUCAGAUGAGAAUUGCUUUAAGCUUAUGUUUAUUCAGAGCCAAGGCCAGGUCCAGCUGACUAUUGAGCUUCUUGACACAGAAGAGGAGAAUUCGGAUGACCCUGUGGAAGCAGAGCGCUGGUCAGACUACGUGGAGCGAUACAUGAAUUCAGAUACUACCUCGCCUGAGCUUCGUGAACAUCUAGCACAGAAACCAGUAUUUCUCCCCAGGAAUCUACGGCGGAUCCGGAAGUGUCAACGUGGUCGAGAGCAGCAGGAAAAGGAAGGGAAGGAAGGAAACAGUAAGAAGACCAUAGAGAAUGUGGAUAGUCUGGAUAAGCUGGAGUGUAGAUUCAAGCUGAAUUCCUACAAGAUGGUGUAUGUGAUCAAAUCAGAGGACUAUAUGUAUCGGAGGACUGCCCUGCUCCGGGCUCAUCAGUCCCAUGAGCGUGUAAGCAAGCGUCUACAUCAGAGAUUCCAGGCCUGGGUAGAUAAAUGGACCAAGGAGCAUGUGCCCCGUGAAAUGGCAGCAGAGACCAGCAAGUGGCUCAUGGGUGAGGGGCUGGAGGGCCUGGUGCCCUGUACCACCACCUGUGAUACAGAGACCCUGCAUUUUGUGAGCAUUAACAAGUAUCGUGUCAAAUACGGCACAGUAUUCAAAGCCCCUUAACUGCAAAGCCAGAGCAGAUAACUUGGGGUAGUGUGUGGGGGGUGUGUGUGGGCCUAUGCACUCACACACUGAAGAAACAAGGAAGAUGCCUUUCAAGCCUCACUGGGCCUCUCUGGGACAUGGCCACCUGACCUGUGUGUGGCUGGUGCAGCCUGGCACCAAGUGGGCUACCUGUUAGGAACAUGAAUACCUUACAAAGCUGAAGCUGGAACUUUUCCCAAAGGGUUUUGGGUAUAGCCUGCCCUGGAGGGGAAGGAAGUCCAUGCAAGCAAAGACAUGCAGUUUGCUUGCACACACCAGCAGAGCUAAGACUGGAGUCUCCUGUGGCCUAACUUUCAAUGAGGGAACCGGAUGCUGUUCACACUUUGACUGGAUGGAGAUGCAUUUACAAAACAGACUGGGGAAGGACUUAAUACUCAGAUGUAUUGGAACUAUCAUGGUCACUGCUCCUCUUCCCUCCCCACAAAAGGAAAAAAAAACUGGAUUUGAUUUUUUUUUCUGGUCACUUGAGCACAUCUAAGAUCACCCAUUAGGUUUUAUCUGGGACCUGCAGUUUGGCUUUGGGAUUGAUCAUCUUGUGGAUUUUAUUCCUGACGAUUCCCUUGCUGCCUACCCUUUUCUCUCCUCUGGUUCUCAACCUCAACGAGUUCAAAUCAGUCGUCCUUUUUAGCUCCCGUGGAACUGUUUUGUAUCUGCCUCUUUACUAGUCUACCCUAGUGCCAUCCACCAGCUUUACUCUCUGACACACACACGUACACACACACAAUUUUAACUUGUUUUUUUUGUACAUAAUGUACAUACUGUCAAUUUUUUAUUAAAAGAAAUAUGCUUUGAUGUGCUAGCA